AUGAAGAAGGAUAUUAAAUUGAGUCUGACUGACCCAGACAUGAAACAGCAAGUGGACGGCAUCCUAGGUUCCUCGGACUUGGGGCUGCUAAAACUGUCCUCACCGGACCUAGAGAAGCUUAUUAUCCAGUCCAACGGGAUGUCAACAUCCACGCCGACCAGCAACCACUUCCUUUACCCGAAGCACGUCACGGAUGAGCAGGAGUUCGCCGAGGGUUUCGUCAAGGCGUUAGAAGACUUGCACAAGCAGAACCUAGGGACGACGAACGGAGCUUUGGAUCUGGGUGCCAGCAUUAUCGCCCCGGUUUCGACGCAGCUGGACCCGCCUGUGUAUACUAACCUCAACAGUUACGGCAACGGGCCUUUGGGAACUACCGUCAACUACUCCACAGACACGGUCCCUUUCCCGCCCCCGCCUCAAAAUUUCGGCGUAGCGUCUUCGGUGGAGCCGGAGAUCUCGAACCGAGUGCAGCCGCCCAAGGAGGAGCCUCAGACGGUGCCGGACGUGCAGAGCUUCGGGGAGAGUCCGCCGCUGUCUCCCCUCGACAUGGACUCGCAAGAGCGUAUCAAGGCCGACCGGAAAAGGCUUCGAAACCGGAUCGCCGCCUCCAAGUGUCGCAGACGCAAACUGGAGCGCAUUUCUCGGCUGGAGGACAAGGUGACGACUCUGAAGAGCCAGAACACCGACUUGGCUUCGACGGCCAACGUCCUCAGAGAACAAGUGGCCCAGCUAAAGGAGAAAGUCCUCACCCACGUUAACAACGGCUGCCAGCUACUACCACAGGAGGUUCAGGUGCACUAG